UACGGGUCUGCAAAACCGCACUUGAAGCGUUUUGGAUCUGCAAUUGCAGCCAUUCAAAACACCCAAACAAUUAACAUUUAGAGGAUCUUGACUAGUAAAAUCAACUUUAGUAGUUCUUCAGGGAACGUUGCUAUUAGGAAUUUGAACGUCACAGGUUUAAUAUAACAUAUUCGUAUCCCAUAUCAAUCAACAUAUUCGUUUUCAACUUAAUAGGUACAUUGUCGAUUAGGUUGGUUUCAAAUUGAACAUACUUGUAAGCUACACAUACGGAAAUAGCCCCUUAUUGACAACGGACGAUAAGUACCCUUUUGGUUGAGAAUAUCAUUUGUUAACUCCAUGUGAAAUUGAUUAGAUAAUUUGCAAACCGAGCAAUUGCAAAUUUGGUACCUACAAUCAUUUCUUUAGGCAACUAAAGCUUAAUUAUUUCCAAGUAUUAUAAGUAGGUGCUAAUUUGUAGUUACAUUAGCAGCCGGUAGUCAAUCUUAUUUAAUAAUUUGGUCAAAUUAGCAAAUUACUAAAUGAGAAGAAACAUUUUUUGAGCUCUUUUCUAUAGCGUUAAUUUAAUUCGUUACUUUCAUUUCAUGUAACCAAUUCAACUAUCGUAAUUCUAAUUUUACCUAAUCCUUAUUUGGCUUUAACAAACUUUGUUUCUUAUUAUAAGAAUAUUACUAAGCCAUAAAUACCACACAUGUACCGCAAGUUGAUCAAUCAAGUCAUCUGCCGAGUCAAUAUAGAAGUCAAGGUCAGCGGCCACACGCAAAGCUUACUUUCAUUUCAUUCAGUUAUUCGCCGGCAAGCGGCGAGCACACCCGUCAAUCAUGUCACGCGUCAUUAUACUCGUCCUACUCGCCCUACUAGCCCAAGCCAAAGCUUUAAAUGUCCUAGUGAUCGUGUCUAUGCCCAUACCAAGCCACUACAUGGCUUUAAAUACCCUAUUCAGGGAACUAGCCCACAGAGGCCACAAAGUUACCGUCAUGAACAAUUUCCCCGACAAAAACCCCACGGCGGGGCUGGAGUUCAUUGACCUCGAGGCGUACCAGCCCGGCGCCGUUAAGACGGAUGAUUUAGAAUACUACGAAAGCAUAAGUUCUUGGUACGUGCCUUUGUACAAUUUAUAUAGACAUUUUAAAUUGAGCCCCGGUGGUACUUUGCAGGAUUGCGAAAAUCUUUUUACGCAUAAGAAGGUUAAAGAGCAUUUGGAUAGAAAAAUCAAGUAUGAUGUAAUAUUUGUUGAGCAGUUCAUGAGCGACUGCGGGUUUGUGUAUGCGGCAGCGAUGUAUGACUCUCCGAUCAUAGGGAUAACCUCACACGUGUUGUUGCCUCUGCAUUACUCUAGAAUGGGAUUACCGUUUGACGUCAGAACAGAUCCGCACUAUUUUUUUAACGCUGGAAGCAAUCCGUCACUUUGGCAAAGGGUUCAGAUAACAGUAGCUGACUUUAUAAUUCAAAAUUAUAUGAAACGGAACUUGCAGGAGAGCAUAAGAAGUGUAUUCGCUAAGCAUCUUCCAGAGGUUUCCGUGGAUUUAGAGAAACAGGCGAAGGAGAGAAUGGCGAUGAUGUUUUUGUACCAGCACCACUCGAUAACGGGAGGGAGGUUGUUGGCGCCGCAAGUUUUGGAGAUUGCUGGGAUUCAUAUUCAAAAACCCAAGCCAGUGCCGAAGGACAUAGAAGAGUUUCUGUCAUCUGCAGACCACGGAGUCAUCUACGUCAGUUUUGGAUCCCUUCUGAGAUCGCACUCUAUGUCCGACAACAAGCGAAAGCAGUUCGUGGAAGCCUUUACAAGGAUCCCGCAGAAAGUUAUAUGGAAAUGGGGGAACGACAGUUUUCCGGAGCAAAGUGAAGACUUGCUUGUGGGCAGUUGGUUUCCGCAGUUGGAUAUUUUAUGUCACCCAAAAGUCUUAGCCUUCAUAUCCCACGGCGGCAUGCUAAGCAUGUCAGAAGCGGCCCACUGCGGCAAACCCCUGGUGACUGUACCAUUCUUCGGCGACCAGUUCACCAAUGCAGCAGCAGCACGAGAAAGCGGAUUAGGAAUUACGCUGUUCUUUGAAGAGAUCGAUAGCAACAAUUUGGAGGCAGCUAUUAGGGAACUGACUUCAGAGAAAAUGCAAUCAAAAGCCAAGGGCAUCUCUCGGCUCUGGCACGAUCGGCCACUACCAAUUAUGGACAGCGCCAUCUAUUGGACGGAGUAUGUAGCUCGGCAUCGUUCCGCGCCGCCCUCUCUACCACAGAAGCUGAAUACAUCGUCGUUUAACACAUCGCCGCUAGAUGUCAUUGGUGUUAUCGUGACUUUAGUAUUUGUAAUAUUAUUUGUAAUCUACGCCGUUUUGAAAGCUGUUUUUAAAGUUUUAUGUGGAUUGUUUGCGAAUAUAUUGUGUAAGAAGGGGAAAAUAGAUUAGUAAUUAAAUAUAGUUUUAGUAUUGUUUGUCAGUUCAUUUCAAUAUGAUUACGAUACACAAAAAAACGCGUUCAAGUAAUGAAAAGCGCCAUUCAAAAGAACGAUGAUAUAUGCCAGUAAUACUCAAGAGACUAGAUAUUAUUGUAUUGUUUGAUCUUAGCUUUAAUAUGAUAUUUAGUACCAUACUUAAUUUUAAAAUGGGUGAAAUUAUUAUUGAUAGUGUUGUAAUAAAAAUAUUGCUCAA